AUGACUGUUCUGUUCUUUUUGUUUUCUCCCUUGCUGAGAGAUCAUGCAAAAUUGAUCCGCGAGAUUGGCGGGGCAGCCGCAGUUCUGCUGAAAAACGACAACUCUGUUCUUCCCCUCAAGUCUCCCUCUAAUAUUGGCGUGUUCGGCAACGACGCUGCGGACUUGACUGAUGGCCUUGUCUACCAAGAUCCUCCUGCGACUAACGCGCGUGCUGAGCUGAUUGGUGCUCGCGUGCAGUACAUCCUUAGAAACGAUCGCCUGUCAGAUGGCGGCUUCCACAGCAUAUACCCCACUCCAGAUGUGUGUAUAUUAUUUCUCAAAACUUUUGCCGCGGAGGGUUACGAUAGAGUGUCCUUCGAAGCAGGCUGGAACUCGAGCAUCGUCGUCACUAACGUGGCAGACAAAUGCAACAAUACUGUGGUGGUUACACACUCAGCUGGUAUCAAUACUAUGACUUGGGCGACCCAUCCGAACGUCAAGGCUUUCAUUGCUGCCCAUUUUCCCGGCGAGCAGACAGGAAAUUCUAUCGUGGAUAUUCUUUGGGGUGAUGUAAACCCAUCCGGCCGAUUGCCGUACACGAUUCCAGUCAGAGAUGAAGACUAUAACAUUACCAUUACCAAUCUCACCAGCGACCAGAUUACAUACCCUGGAGCCUGGCCAUCCAACUUCACUGAAGGCUUGCUUAUUGAUUAUCGCCACUUUGAUGCCCUGCAAAUCGACCCGCUUUACGAAUUUGGGUUUGGCCUUAGCUACAUGGACACUACAUUUGACUUGGCGUCUAACAUUUCAAUUAAGACUUUGGUAGAAAGGGUUAGUGCUGUGGUGCCUUUCUCCAACUCGUCAUCGGGGCCCCUUAGCGAUCUCUUUACACCACUCAUCAAUGGAACAGUCAGCGUCUCUUACACCGGAGAUCUGGACGGCGCCACUGAUGUUCAGCUAUACAUCUCAUUACCAGUUAGCUCGGCUCGAGCCGGCACCCCUGUUCGAGUUCUUCGAGGAUUCUCGAAGGUUCAACUAGCACCAAGCGAACAAAGAAUGUCAGCUUCUCAUUGA